UUUAGCGGGCAAAUGAUAAGUACACCAUUGAUCGCUAACUCAUGCCACUUACAGCUUCUGCUCUAUCCACAUUCCAUCGCGUUAGCGGGUGGGUCUUGAUUUGAUGGGCCGAUGUAUACGAAGUAUAGCAAACAGACGAGAAGCACGGCCACAACAUCCCCGGAAAACAGGCAGGGAGAUGAAGAACACUUACUGGCUGAGCAGAUGUUCCAAAUGGCGUUUUUCAACUGUAAUAAAUGCAGACAUUGUAUGAGCCGUGAUAUCUGGAAGUCACUUAGCACCCGGCACGACAGUCUGGGGGUAGGCAGAGGCGAUUAAAGAGAAGACGAACCGUGGAUGCCAGGAUCCAUAAAAUAGACCGACAGGGGAACCUGAUCAGUCGAGAAUGAGAUGGACGAAGAUGCUGGAGUCAAGAGAAGAAGAAAAGAAGAAAAGGGGGUGCAAGGAAGGGAAAGAAAAGGGAAGAGGGAGAGAGAGAGAGAGAGAGAGAGAGUCUCGUGCCUUCCCAGAACCCCAAAGAAAAAAAGGAAAAAGAAAAAGAAAAAGAAAAAGCAACGAAGCGGAUAUCACAACGUCACCCCACGUUGAUUUGAGACCAGCGUGGAGCUCUUCCACUGGAGACGCCCGGUCUCACAAUCGAUCUGACGUCUGGACCAGUCAACGGCGCCAGAAACCAAUAUGGAUGGGUGGCUGCAGGGGACGAUGUUCGGUACAGGCGCCAAAGGUUCCUCGCUCGCUCCCAAUCUCGUCUCCCAAUCUCCUGAUCGCCAUCAACCAACGGUGUCUCAUGCGCUGCAGGUGGCGCUGGACAAGUCACAGUCAUAGCACAAACUCAAUUAAUUUCCAGGCUCACCAGGCAAAUCAUAGACGUCGCAUGGCAGACGACGCAAGGCGCGUCGCGAUCAUACCAGCCGAUCCUCGAAGUCUAUGAUGAUUUCUGACGGGCUUCUCUACGCCUAACGUCGAUGCAUCUGAGCUGUCUCGAGCCUACUUAACGUCUGUCAUACAUGAACAGGUGUUCGACUAUCAGCA